AUGGGCAACCUUUCUUCCCGAAUUAAACCGCGAAAAAAGCGACUUCGACAUCCUGCACCACUCCCCAAGAAUGUUGCUGAUAGCUCAACUGAGGGAGGCAGCGAUGAAGCCUCCAAAGCUCAAGACUCAGAACCUACAUAUGAACCUCCCCCAGGCUAUGACGACUUUCUACGCGUUUACCCUCGCUUCGUCGAAUCUGCUGCUGUCGAUGAGCUGCGCGCACGAGAUUUUACACGUUUGAGCCAGAGCGCUGUAUAUCUGGACUAUAUGGGUGGGGGGCAAUACCCGGAAAGCCUGAUUCGUAGCUAUGCUGAAACUCUCCAGAACAACGUAUUUGGAAACACCCACUCAGAAAGCAUGAGUUCUCAGCUUUCGGAACAAUACUCUCAGGACGCGCGCAGGACAGUUUUGUCGUUUUUCGAUGCAGAUCCGAACGAGUAUUUGGUUGUUUGGACAGCCAAUGCAACGGCCGGACUGAAGCUUGUUGGGGAAUCGUUUCCGUUUACCUUAGGGAGCUCGCUGGUGCUACCUGUGGAUGCCCACAAUAGCGUUCAGGGAAUCAGGGCGUUCGCAGGCCGAGCAGGAGCAAGUGUCAAGUAUGUGCCCUGCUUGGAGGAGGGGGGGUCCGACCUACAAGAAGCUCUGCAAAUUCUGCGGGGUUUAGCCGAGCCGACGAACUCUUCGGGGACACGACCGAGAUCACUGAUGGCCCUCACUGGACUUUCCAAUCUCACAAAUCGUAAACUACCACUGUCACAAAUUGUAUCGGCCGCUCAGGCCCAUGGCAUUCAUACCAUCCUGGACGCCGCUGCUCUCGCGCCCACUACCCGAAUAUCGUUGAGGAACACACCCGUGGACUCAAUGGUUGUCAGUUUCUACAAAAUGUUUGGGUUCCCUACCGGAGUCGGGGCCUUGAUCGCGAAAAAAGGUUUCCUGGACAUUUUGGAACGACCAUGGUUUGCUGGAGGCGCGGUAGACUUGGUACAGGUCCCUGGUGUUAUUGCGACUCCGGCUGAAUGUGUCAGCUCUCGUUUCGAGGAAGGGACAAUAAACUAUCUAACACUCCCUGCCGUAACGACUGGUAUCAAUAUGCUGUCCAAAUACAUCGACUUGCUUCCUAUCCGGCUUUCUUCGCUGUACCAUUAUCUUUACAACCAGCUAUCCAUGCUCCAGUAUCCAGACACCAAAACCCCUGUUGUCCAAAUUCUUACUAGGGAGCCCUCCCCUCCAUCUACCGCCCCUCCUCACGGCUAUGUCCUUUCCUUCCUGAUACUUGACCGUAAGGGGGACAUUGUUCCUCUGACACACAUAGAGGCACUCGCUGCCAGAAAGGGCCGAGAAGGGCUUCCAGCUGUUUCCCCCGCAUUCAAAUCCACCUCCAAGCAUCCUCGAAGCCGAACACAUCAAAGUGACCUGCCCACCCACUCACUUCCUCCGCUAGCUCAGCAGUCCUUCUCAGAUUCUACCACCACAGAGCGAAUCAUUUCUCUCCGUACUGGAUGUGCUUGCAAUCCAGGGGGCGCUGCGGCAUUAUUGGGCAUAGAAUCAUAUAUGCAACUCCUCCAACCUGGCGCUACCCAACGUUCACUAGAGCUAGUUGUUGGGCGGGAAUUAGGUGUUAUCAGAGUUAGUUUAGGAAAAUAG